AUGGAGACCAGGAGCUACCACCUCGGCCUGGGAUUUCUGCUCCUGCUCUGUCUCCCUGCAGAAUGCCUGGGAGCCGAGGGGAGACUGGCUCACAAGCUGUUUCGUGACCUGUUUGUCAACUAUACAAGUGCCCUGAGACCUGUGGCAGACACAGACCAGACUCUAAAUGUGACCCUGGAGGUGACAUUGUCUCAGAUCAUCGAUAUGGACGAACGGAACCAGGUGCUGACCUUAUACCUGUGGAUCAGGCAGGAGUGGACAGAUGCCUACCUACACUGGGACCCCAAAGCCUAUGGUGACUUGGAUGCAAUCCGCAUUCCCAGCAGUCUAGUGUGGCGGCCAGACAUCGUUCUCUACAACAAGGCGGACACGCAGCCACCAGCCUCGGCCAGCACCAACGUGGUUGUACGGCACGAUGGCGCCGUGCGCUGGGAUGCACCAGCCAUCACACGCAGUUCGUGCCGUGUGGACGUGUCUGCCUUCCCGUUCGAUGCGCAGCGCUGCGGCCUGACCUUCGGCUCAUGGACGCACGGCGGGCACCAGCUGGACGUGCGACCCCGGGGCGCGUCUGCCAGUCUGGCUGACUUCGUGGAGAAUGUUGAGUGGCGCGUGCUGGGCAUGCCGGCGCGCAGGCGCGUGCUCACCUAUGGCUGCUGCUCUGAGCCCUACCCGGAUGUGACCUUCACGCUGCUACUGCGCCGCCGCGCUGCCGCCUAUGUGUGCAACCUGCUGCUGCCCUGCGUGUUCAUCUCCCUGCUGGCGCCACUGGCCUUCCACCUGCCCGCUGACUCCGGGGAAAAGGUGUCUCUGGGCGUCACCGUGCUCCUGGCCCUCACUGUCUUCCAGCUGAUUCUGGCCGAGAGCAUGCCGCCUGCAGAGAGCGUGCCACUCAUCGGGAAGUACUACAUGGCCACCAUGACCAUGGUCACGUUCUCCACAGCACUCACCAUCCUCAUCAUGAAUCUGCAUUACUGUGGUCCUAGUGCACAUCCAGUGCCUGCCUGGGCGCGGGUCUUCCUGCUGGGACACCUGGCCAGAGGACUGUGUGUGCGGGAACGAGGGGAGCCCUGUGGGCAGUCCCGGCCACUAGAAUCAGCCCCCAGCCUCCAGCCUCCAGCUGGUCUCCCAGAGGGGCCUUGUCAUGAGUCACGGUGUCUAUGCCAUCAGGAAGCCCUUCUGCAUCAUGUGGCUUCCAUUGCCAGCACCUUCCACAGCCACCGGGCUGCCCAGCGCUGCCAUGAAGACUGGAAGCGCCUGGCUCGAGUGAUGGACCGCUUUUUCCUGGGCAUCUUCUUCUGCAUGGCUCUGGUCAUGAGCCUCCUGGUACUGGUACAAGCCCUGUGAGGGCCAAGAACUGGAUCUCAGGGAGCUUUGGUCACCUCAACACU